AUGAAUACGCAGCCUGCGGCUGAGAUAUUCGAUCCUAUCAAGGCGCUCUCCGAGUGCGAUUAUAGAUGGUGGGUCGUCCCUGCCCCUGCCCCUGCGCCGUCGUCCACAUCAACAUCAACAUCAACGUAUUCGGCGGCGCAAGCACCAGCACAACCACAAACGCAAGGACAACCGCAAGGACAACUAGCACCAGCACCACAGGCGCCGAGACAACGCAAGUACGCAGUACCAGGUAAAACGCUCCGACGCCUUUUGGAUAUAGGGUGGCUGUCGCAUGAGGAGCUCCGCGCGAGAGGGGACGAGAAGGAUUGGGAGAGUUUGAGGGUUUAUGAUGAGCGUGUGAGGGCGUCUUUGGGGGUGUAUGCCUCGGCUUGUAUGUCUUCUGCUGGUGGUGGUGGUUCUGGUGCUGGUUCUGUGGGCAAAACAGGAAAAGCAUCGGUAUAUGAAGGUGGAGCAGCUGCGCAGAUGCAGACGCAGACGUGGGGUGGAGGCGCGUACCCUUGGAGACCGAUGAAAGUGCGCGAGCGGCUUGCGGAGGGGUUGGCUGCGGGUGUAGGGACGGGUGCGGGUGCGGGGACGGGGACGGGUGCGGGGGGUGUUGUGCAGAACGGUGUGCAAGCGAUCAGCGCGAUGAUCAGUUCCGCGCUCGGCUCUUCUUCUUCUUCUUCUUCUACCUCCUCCUCAACACCAUCAUCCUCGUCGUCAACAUCAACUCCUUCGUCAUCGUCGUCGUCAACGACAACGACAACACCAUACACCCCCUGCGGCCCACCACCUACACCCGCACAGCGCCUCGCAGCGCUCAAAGCUCUCUACCCGUUCUGGAGGUAUAUGGACUCGACGAGGGAGAAGCAGGAGAACUUUGAGAGGUGGGAGAGGGAGAAUGAGGAGAGGGUUAGAGCUGUUAUUUUGGAGCGGGAGCGGGUGGGGGUGGGGGAGAGGGUGGGGGUUUGGGCUGGUGCGGUUAGUAGGAAUGAGAAUGCGGGUGUGGGUGCGAAUGGACAGGGACAGGGACAGGGUGCGAAUGGAGUGAGGAGGGGGAGCAGUAAGCGCCGACUGGAUGAGCGCGAGGAAGCCGGCGAUGCUCAGAGUCAGGUCGUGGAGCAGAAGCAGGAACAAAAGCAAGCGCAGAGCGAGCGGAGCCCGAAGCGUAUGCGGAUGACGCCUGAGCGCGAGAUGCGGUCGUCGCAGUCGCAACCGUAUAGACAACAAUCCUUCUCACAACCCUCCUCUUCCUCUUACUCGUCGUCGUCAGCAGCGGCGGCGCAGCCACAUGCGUAUUACCCGCUGUUCUCCUCACAGCCCACGCCCACCUCCUCCUCCUCCUCCUCCUCCUCGUCUCAUCCAACGCACCAGUACCAACAAUCCCAACCCGCGUACCCACACUCGCACUCACACUCACACUCACACUCACACUCGCAUCAGUACCAGUAUCCAUAUUCAUACCCAUACGCGCCGCCGCUGAAACAGUACCCAGCCCCACUGCGCUCGUACGAUCCGCAGGUGUACCCGGACGCGGCGAGCGUGAUAAGCGGGAGCGGGCAGCCGCGCGCGAAUGAUGCGUUGCCUUUGUCGCAGGAGAGUGCUUCUGGUAGAGGUCGAGGACAGGGGCAGGGAGGGGGAAGGGGCAAGAGGUUGGGGAGGGUUGAUACGCCGCCUUUUGAUGGCGAUGGCGAUGGCGAUGGCGAGGGUCAAGGUCAGGGUCAAGAAGGAGGAGAAGGAGGAGAGGAGGGCGAUGGAGUGUUUGGGUCGCAGUCGCAGGGCAGUCCAGGGCGAAAGCAGGGAGGCACGAGGCUUGUUCAUCCCAAGGAGAGAAAGGCGAUGCAGCGCGCGUUGAGUCGGACGCAGACGUAUACCCAGCUGUGA